AUGCAAUAUCGUGGACUAUGCCGUGGUCCGCGGGCGGCGGCAUGCGGUGCUUUGUGGUUGGCCGGUCUGCUGCUGGUGCUCGUUCUCGUGGACCAGCCGGGUCGGAUUGCGGCCGACCUGAUGGGCGACAUCCAGCAGGGGCUGCAGACCACGGGUAAGCUGUUCGGCAUCAACACCAUCGCGGACGUGGCCGAUCUCGUCGCCAAAGGGUUCGCCAACCGGCGGGGCGGUGCGUCGGAACCCUCGCCCAAACCGGAGGUCACCGAACAGGGUGGUGGUGGUGGGGUUGGUGAGGGUCUCCUGGCUGGCCGGACACCGUCGAUGAUGAUGAUUAUGAUGAAACUGCUCGGAUUGGACGGGAACCAGCUGGGCGCCAUGCUAGUCAAUGGCAUCGUGUUCCUAGCGCACAUCAUUGGGACAAAUUUGGGAGCUUUCCGCAAACCGGCGCUCGAAACCGACACGUCACCAUUUUUAAGGGAUCCAGUCCAAGGGUUCCCAAAACCCGCUGAAGAGACGCACCAGCAAAGCGCCGGUACGGACAGUAACGGCAAACCCGCCGGUGGUGGGUCCACUCCUCUCGAGUGGCUACUACGGAAUCCCUCCCGCCAGCUCCGCGUGCUGCUCGACCAGGUUCAGCACUCCGACCUGACCGAACACCUGGACCGCGAACUGCGUCAGCUCGACCAUUACCCGCCGGAGGACACCGACUGCAUUCGGCUGCUGAUGUGCAAAAUCAAGCCCUUCAUCUGGAAGAUGCAGAACGUGGUGCGGGACCAGAUCCUGCGGUCGCCGGAACCGUCGAGUGGCGCCGGUACGCGCCACCAAUCGACAACGACGACGGCCGUCCCGCCGAGUGGCGAGGAGAUAAUGAAGGGCAUCCAUGACAACUUGCCGUCCGCGGAGGAGUUCCAGCGGCAGAGUGCAGUGUGCGAGCAGCAGUUUCGCAACUGCACGCGUCAGGGCACGCGGUAG